AUGUCAUCCAGCAAAACGAGUCGCACUGUUGCGGUUGGUAUUCUUGAUUUUUUGACAAAGUCCAUUGCCAAUGGCACAGUUUCUUCAGAAGAUGCUGAUUCAGUUCAAGUGGCUUUAGAAUGCGUUUCCGAGGUAUUUAACGUCAGCCUCGACGAUAAGAAAGAACUUCUCGGAGAUGAGUCGUUAACUUCGAUUGUUGAAAAGUUUCAAUCAGGUGUUUCAGCUACUACUAGCACAAAUAAAGGUCCUGGAGGUGUCAGUGUGGCGGCGGCAGCUUCUUCUAAGGAUGGAACACCUAUCUCAGUUUCGGUGUCCAGUUCGUCUCCAUCCACACCUUCUGAAGAGGACUUGAAAGAAGCUCAAAAGUUGAAGGUUGAAGGUAACCGAUUCAUGGCUCAACAGAAAUUCGAGGAAGCAGUCGAGGCUUAUACUAAAGCAAUUGCCAAAGAACCUCGUAAUGCGGUAUAUUUUUCAAACAGAUCAGCUGCUUACAGCUCACUGAGGAAAUCUACCGAGGCUGCAGAUGAUGCUAGAAAGGCUCUUGAGAUUGAUCCCACCUAUUCCAAGGCAUAUUCUAGACUUGGUCUGGCUUUAUAUAGUCUAGGCGAUGCUCAAGGUGCUAUGGAAGCAUAUGCUAACGGUAUCAAGAGCGAGGGUGAUUCUCCUAGUGAUGGUAUGAAGAAGGGUUAUGAGACUGCUAAAAAGAGAGUUGAGGAAGAGCUUGAAGCUUCAGUUCCUGGCGGAUCUUCAGACUCCACGUCAAAUUCAAGAUCGGUUGAUGCCUCAUCAGCUGCCACAGCCUCUGCUGGUGGAGCCAGUGCCAGUGCUGGUGCCGGUGGUCUGCCUGAUCUUUCGGCUCUUGGCAAUAUGUUUGGCGGUGGCGGCGGUAUGCCCAAUCUCAGUCAGCUUAUGAGUGAUCCUACUAUCAGCCAAAUGGCACAAAACCUCAUGUCGAACCCAUCUGCUCUUGCUGGACUCAUGAAUAACCCCUCUCUUCAAAGAAUGCGUGAAAGAGCUCAGAGCGGUCAAAUGCCAAACCUGAGUGAGCUCAUGUCUGAUCCUUCUUUGCAAGAUAUGGCCCGUAAUUUUAUGGGUGGAGCUGGCUCGGGUGGCAACGCUGGCUCUGAAUAG